CUCUAUUCAUCUUUACCGUGAUCACUUUGCGUCGACCUUUCUGAGCUAGCCCUCGAGCGUCAGUCAUGAGGACAGUCUUUCUGUACGGCAUUCUGAUUGUCGCUGGGUUAAGCCUCGAGAACAUUUUUGGAGUGGUAUCUGAUCAAUGCUUGGCAGGAAGACUCGUGGAAUCGUGCACGACUACAGUGCAAUACUUACAAGAAGAAAUGAAGAAAAUGCAACAGUCAUUCAAUGCGAAGAUCGAAGAACUGCUAGAGAAAGGACGUGAGCGUGACCGUCUGCUUGAGGACUUGACAUCAGCUACCAAAAGUGUGAAUGUUACAGUACAGCUACAAGGACAACAUCAGCGGGCAGCAGAGGAAACUUUAUCUUCAUCUAUUAACGAACUGCAAACACAAGUUGUAGAUAUCAAUGAUACAGUUGUCAAAUUGAGUGCACCUACUCCUUCGGGUCACGUCUUUGGAUCACGUACUUCUUUGGGUGAAGCCCUUGGAUCAGGCGACGGUGACGUCACUGAGGAAAACGAUGGAACUGUAACGUUAUGGCAAAAUGACAGAACGUCGGAUGAUGCCCCCAUCUUAAGUGGAGGUAUGGAAUUUAACGGGACAUCAUUCACGGUGCCAGAAAGUGGGACAUACUACAUUUAUGGCUUGCUGAUGAUUCAAAAUGAUGGUGUGAGUGAAUGUGGUUGGGAGCUCUUGAUCAACAAUGUUGGAAACUUGAUGAUAAUUGAUCAAAGUAUCAAUGGAACCAAACAGAGUAUAUUUGGCAGUCAGGUUCGUGAAAUGAAUGAAGGAGACUCGGUGUUGAUGCAAAGCAAAAAUUGCAAAUACAAUUUUGGAGUUGACGCAUCUCACUUUGGCAUCUACCAACUGCAACGUGAAAUUUAGGAAAUGUGUUCAGACGCGGUUGUCUAGUGUAAGGCGUUGACUUUGUGUUUAGUUACAAAAAAUUGUCGUUUAGGAGUCUUGGUGAGGUAUCUAGAGCAAAAACGCGUAGUAAAAUUGGGCUUUUCUGUGGAUCAUUUGGUCAUGUUUAGACGGAUUUGCUAGCUAGAGAUGUGUGACUUUGAAAAGACAAUAAUGCCGCGUCUAUAAAAAUAAUAAAACAUCAAAACUGUCUUAGGGUCCAAGUAUUAUACAGUAAUAGUAUUAUACGGA